UCCUAUAAAGCCUUCGAGGAACCGAGCAGAUGCUCUUUUUCAAUGAGAGACGCUCACGUUGUCUGACCGGUCCGGGUCUAAGUGACUGAGAGAGAAAGUUUAAACCGAGUUUACACGGAAUACACUGAAUGCUCAAGACCAAAUCAUCAGGUGUAUCACUGGAAAAAAGUCCAGACAGCUGCAGAGAGCAGCGUGAGGAGGACCUGAGUGAAGAUGUCUAUCUCCACUCAGCUGGGCCUGCUGCUGUGGAAGAAUUUCACCUACAGAAGACGACAAACGUUCCAGCUGCUGAUUGAGAUAGUCUGGCCUCUUUUCAUCUUCUUCAUCCUGAUUGCUGUGAGAUUGAACUACCCCCCAUAUGAACAGCAUGAAUGUCACUUUCCCAACAAAGCCAUGCCCUCAGCGGGCACUCUGCCAUGGAUCCAGGGCAUUGUCUGCAACGCCAACAACCCCUGCUUCCGCCACCCCACCCCUGGAGAAUCCCCCGGAGUCGUCGGCAACUUCAAUGAUUCUAUAAUCUCACGACUUUUUUCUGAUGCCAAGAAAAUCUUACUGUACAGUCAGAAUGAUAAAAGUCUGGAUGGGUUUAAAGAGCUAAUCCAUGCAGUGAAAGCUCUGCAGAACAACACUUCAGGUUUCAGGCUUAAAGAUUUCCUGAAUGACAACGAGACCCUGUCCACAUUCCUCAUACAAAAUGCUUCCUUCUCUGAGAAUACUGUCCAGGACAUUCUGAAGGCAAAUGUGAACCUGGAAAAGGUGCUAAUGAAAGGCUUUGGGGUACAUCUGAAGGACAUGUGCAACACCUCCAGCUUGGAGGACUUUGUAAACAUCACAGACAGGAAGGUGGCCAAGCUGACCCAGGACAUCAUCUGCAGCUCCUCACAAAACUGGCUGAACCAGGCCGAAAAACUCUUCAUGACCAACCUAGACUUCUUCAAGCCUAUAAGGUCGGACGUAAGUUCAGGAACCAGUGAUGCCCGUCAGGUCGCCAAGGCCACAGAAAACCUUCUGGAAAGCCUGGGUUCUCUUGCUGUGGAGCUGGCCAGCAUGCGGAGCUGGAGUGACCUGCGAAAUGAGAUCCUCUUCCUCACCCAGAAUGCUACCGGUUCACCCAGUCAGAUGUACCAAGCUGUAUCCCGAAUAGUGUGUGGACACCCCGAAGGUGGCGGGCUCAAAAUCAAGUCACUUAACUGGUAUGAGGACAGCAACUACAAAGCCCUGUUUGGAAACUAUAACAGCAGUGAUGAGGAGCCGGUCUCAGUCUAUGACAACACAACCACUCCCUACUGUAACAACCUAAUGAAGCACAUGGAGACCAGCCCCAUCUCUCGCAUGAUCUGGAGGGCUCUGAAGCCACUCCUAAUGGGAAAGAUCUUGUACACCCCUCAUACACCUGCCACACAGAAGAUUAUCCAUGAAGUGAACAUGACAUUUCAGGAGUUGGGUGUCCUCAGAGAUCUGGGCGGAAUGUGGGAGGAGACCAGGCCCAAGGUCUGGAACUUCAUGGAGAACAGCAAGGAGAUGAACCUAGUGCGGACAUUACUGCAGAACAAUGCCACAGCCACUUUCUUCAGCACUCAGCUGACUGGAACUCAGUGGAGUGUCCAGGAUGUUAUCAGUUUCCUGUCCAAACAGUCGGAGGACACACGCUCACAUGGGACAGCGUUCACAUGGAGAGACGUCUUCAACGAGACUGACCAGGCCAUUAUGAGCAUAUCCCGCUUCAUGGAGUGUGUAAAUCUAGAUAAACUGGAGCCUGUGAGUACGGAGGAGAAGUUAGUCAACGAGUCUCUGGGUCUCCUGGACAACAGGAAGUUUUGGGCUGGAAUUGUGUUCCCCGACAUCGACUCAAACAGCUCAGAGCUCCCACCCCAUGUAAACUACAAGAUCCGCAUGGACAUCGAUAAUGUGGAGCGCACCAACAAAAUCAAGGAUGCGUACUGGGACCCUGGCCCCAGAGCUGACCCAUUUGAGGACCUGCGAUAUGUCUGGGGUGGAUUCUCUUACCUGCAAGAUGUUAUAGAGCAAAGUAUUAUCAGAGCAGUAACAGGGACCAAAGAGAAGACUGGAGUCUACAUCCAGCAGAUGCCUUACCCAUGCUAUGUUGAUGAUAUUUUCUUGCGUGUGAUGAGUCGUUCCAUGCCACUCUUCAUGACCCUCGCCUGGAUGUACUCUGUGGCCAUCAUUAUAAAGAGCGUGGUGUAUGAGAAAGAGGCCCGCCUCAAGGAAACCAUGAGGAUUAUGGGAUUGGACAACGGGAUCCUGUGGUUCAGCUGGUUCAUCAGCAGCCUAAUUCCUCUGCUCAUGAGCGCUGGACUACUAGUGCUUCUGCUCAAGAUGGGGAACCUGCUCCCUUACAGUGACCCUGGUGUGGUCUUCCUCUUCCUGGGCUCCUUUGCUGUGGUCACCAUCAUGCAGUGUUUCCUCAUCAGCACAGUAUUUGCUAGGGCCAACCUGGCUGCUGCCUGUGGAGGAAUCAUCUACUUCACCCUCUACCUGCCCUACGUGCUGUGUGUGGCCUGGCAAGAUUACAUCGGCCUUCCCGCCAAAGUCAUCGCUAGCCUGCUGUCUCCGGUGGCAUUUGGUUUUGGCUGUGAAUACUUUGCUCUGUUUGAGGAGCAGGGAGUGGGCAUCCAGUGGAACAACCUCAUCUCCAGCCCAAUGGAGGAAGAUGACUACAGCCUCACCACCUCCAUUAUCUUAAUGUACUUUGACUCAUUUCUCUACGGUGUCAUGACAUGGUAUAUAGAGGCUGUGUUCCCUGGUCAGUAUGGCAUCCCCAGACCAUGGUAUUUCCCUUUUACCAAGUCUUACUGGUUUGGAGAAGGAGACCAAAAACUGACACCCACUAUACAGGGGAAGAAAGCAAAUGCAGGAGCUGUGUGCACUGAGGAAGAGCCUACUCACCUGGACAUGGGAGUGUACAUUGAGAACUUGGUGAAGGUCUAUCACCACGGCAAGAAGUUGGCAGUGGAUGGCCUGACGCUGGGCUUCUAUGAAGGACAGAUUACCUCCUUCCUGGGUCAUAACGGAGCAGGAAAAACCACCACCAUGUCUAUUCUGACUGGUCUGUUUCCACCAACCUCUGGCACGGCAUACAUCAUGGGCAAAGACAUCCGAUCAGAGCUGAGUGCCAUCCGGCAAAGUUUGGGUGUGUGCCCUCAGCACAACGUCCUUUUCAGCAUGCUGACAGUAGAGGAGCAUGUUUGGUUCUAUGCGCGCCUCAAAGGCCUGCCUGAAGAUGCAGUGAGAGCCGAGAUAGAUCAGAUCCUGUAUGACACUGGACUGCCACACAAACGCAAGUCCAGGACAAGUGAGCUCUCUGGUGGCAUGCAGAGGAAGCUUUCAGUGGCCCUUGCUUUUGUUGGAGGGUCAAAGGUCGUCAUUCUGGAUGAACCGACUGCUGGUGUGGACCCUUAUGCACGUAGGGGCAUCUGGGACCUCCUGCUGAAGUAUCGUGCAGGCCGCACGAUCAUCCUCUCCACUCAUCACAUGGAUGAAGCAGACAUCUUGGGUGACCGUAUUGCCAUCAUCUCCCACGGAAAACUGUGCUGUGUGGGUUCCUCUCUCUUCCUGAAGACCCAUCUGGGAACUGGAUACUACCUCACUUUAGUAAAGAAAGAACCAGAAGCUUCUCUCAGCUCCUGCAGAAACUCAAGCAGCACUGUCUCUUAUGUCAAGAAGGAUGAUGAAGCCUCAGAGAGCAGCUCAGAUGCUGGUUUAGGUAGUGAUCAUGAGAGUGAUGCUGUCACAGCUAUUGGCUCUUCAUGGACUGACUCACCUAUUGUUCCCGCAGACAUCUCUCUCAUCUCAGGUCUGAUCAUUAAGCACGUCCCCAACGCACGCAUGGUGGAGGAUUUGGGACAUGAGAUCACUUAUAUCAUGCCCUAUGAAUCCGCCAAAGACGGUGCCUUCGUUGAACUCUUCCAUGACUUGGAUGAUCACCUCGCUGAUCUGGGCAUCUCUAGCUAUGGUGUUUCUGACACCACCCUUGAAGAGAUUUUCCUGAAAGUGGCAGAGGACAGCGGAGUUGAUACUGAAAUGUUGUCAGAUGGUACCCUUCCCGUACGUCGACGCAGGCGACAUGCUUUCGGAGCUGACCACCAGAGCUGCCUUAAACCGUUGACUGAGGACGACAGAUUUGAUGGCAAUGAAUCAGAAGCUGACCCCGAUUCCAGAGAGACUGAUUAUUUGAGUGGUUCAGAUGGUAAGGGCUCGUACCAAAUCCAGGGCUGGAGCCUGAAGAGACAGCAGUUUGUGGCUUUGCUAUGGAAGAGAUUUCUGUAUGCUCGUCGUUCCAGGAAAGGCUUCUUUGCACAGAUUGUUCUGCCUGCUGUGUUUGUGUGCAUUGCUUUGGUCUUCAGUCUUAUUGUUCCCCCAUUUGGAAAAUACCCCAGUCUUGCCCUGCACCCUUGGAUGUAUGAGGAUCAAGUCAUUUUCAUCAGUGACGAUGCUCCUGAGGAUGCCAGCACACAAAAAUUACUUGGUGCUCUAAUGGAAGGCCCUGGCUUUGGAACACGCUGCAUGGAAGGAGAACCAGUACCAGAUGCUACUUGCACUAUGGGUGAUGAGGACUGGUCUGUACCGGAGGUUCCAGAGAGUGUGCUAGAGGUGUUCAGGAUGCAAAACUGGACCAUGGAGAAUCCCUCCCCAGCUUGUGAGUGCAGCUGUGAUGGCAAGAAGAAGAUGCUGCCAGAAUGCCCUGUCAGCGCUGGAGGACUGCCACCUCCACAGAUGAAGAUCAGUGAGAGGGAUACCCUCCAAAACCUAACUGGAAGAAACAUCUCAGAUUACCUUGUGAAGACUUAUGCUCAGAUCAUUGGCAAAAGUUUGAAGAACAAAGUCUGGGUGAAUGAGUUCAGAUAUGGAGGUUUCUCAUUGGGUGCUAGAAGCACUCAGUUACUUCCACCUGCUGAGGAGAUAGAUGAUGCCAUUUCUCGAGUGAGGGAAAUAUUUAACUUGGAAAAAAACUCAGGGACAGCAGCUGACCGCUUCUUAAAGAGUCUCUCUGCCUUCAUUAAUGGCCUGGACACCAAAAAUAAUGUGAAGAUCUGGUUCAAUAACAAGGGUUGGCAUAGUAUUGGAGCUUUCCUCAACGUGAUGAACAACGGUAUUCUACGUGCCAAUCUGCCCCCAGAGAAGGACCCGAGUAAAUAUGGCAUAACAGCCUUCAACCACCCUCUAAACCUGACCAAAGAGCAGCUCUCCCAAGUGGCACUGGUGACAACCUCAGUGGAUGUGCUGGUGUCCAUCUGUGUGAUCUUCGCCAUGUCCUUCGUCCCUGCCAGCUUUGUAGUCUUCCUCAUCCAAGAACGUGUGAACAAAGCCAAACAUAUGCAGUUCAUCAGUGGUGUACAGCCAUACCUGUACUGGCUGGCCAACUUCAUCUGGGAUAUGUGCAACUAUGUUGUACCAGCAACCCUGGUCAUCAUCAUCUUUGUGUGCUUCCAACAAAAAGCCUAUGUCUCCUCUACCAACCUGCCUGUGCUGGCCCUGUUGUUGCUUCUGUAUGGGUGGUCCAUCACACCUCUGAUGUAUCCAGCCUCCUUCUUAUUUAAAAUACCCAGUACGGCUUAUGUCGUCCUCACUAGCGUCAACAUCCUUAUUGGCAUCAACGGCAGUGUGUCAACUUUUGUAUUGGAGUUGUUUGGCAACAAUGAGGUUGGUGGCAUCAAUGACAUUCUGAAGAACGUACUUUUGAUCUUCCCUCACUUCUGUCUGGGGCGAGGUCUGAUCGAUAUGGUGAAAAACCAGGCCAUGGCUGAUGCUCUGGAGCGCUUUGGUGAGAACCGUUUCCGUUCUCCUCUGGCGUGGGACAUGGUGGGUAAGAAUCUCUUUGCCAUGGCAGUGGAGGGAGUGAUCUUCUUCAUCAUCACUGUCCUCAUCCAGUACCGCUUCUUCUUCAAACCUACGUCUCUGAGUGCUAAAGCUGAGUCCAAUUGGAGAGGAGGAUGAAGAUGUUGCCCGGGAGAGGCAGAGGAUUGUUAGUGGAGCAGGACAAGGAGACAUCCUGGAACUCCGAGAGCUCACCAAGGUGUAUAAGAGGAAACAGAAGCCUGCUGUGGAUCGACUUUGUGUGGGCAUUCCUCCAGGCGAG